UGAAGAGGAAGAAGGAGUUUCAAUCGUUUCAAUGCACAUGUUGGCUGCAGAGAGCGAACUUUGAAUUGCGACUUUGGUGACUUAUUUUAGCGUUUGUGGACGCAGUGGCGCAGUUUAGUGGACAUGUCCACCGUGGGGGAGAACAGGUUUACACUGAAGGAGGCGGCUGCUUUAUUGCUCGAACUAGCCGAUGAAGAGGAGUUGUCCUUGUCCUCUUCAUCAAGCGAGUUCUCUGGGGACUCUGCAGCUGAGGAGGAUUUUCUCAAAGGAAGGGACCCGGAUCUUGAUCUAGAGCCAGAGAAGUCUGACCCCGAUUGGCAGCCGGAGGCAAAGAGGCCCAGGAGGACCCCAAAGUCUCCUGUUGUGGUGGAGCAGGAGGAAGAGGAGGAGGAGGAAGAAGAGGAAGAAGAAGAGGAGGAGGAGGAGGAGGAGGAGGAAGAAGAAGAAGAAGAAGAGGAGGAGGAGCUGGAACCCCAACUCUCUAAAUCCACACGGCCUGCAAGACGGGGGAGGGGGAGAGGAAGGGGGAGAGCAGGAGGAAGAAGCCCUCCAGAGCAGAGUUCUGCACCCGAAGGUGCGUGGCAAGGCACUGAUGUGGAUGACAUCACUCCUGAACAGCCGUCCUUCCGCCCGGCACGCACACCCGGUGGCCAGCUCGCGGGUGGUUCCCAAUACUCAGUUUUACAAUUAUUUCAGUUAUUCAUGUCGAAUCGCAUACUUCAGACCAUCUUGAAUAAUUCAAACAAGUUUGGAGAAAGUGACCAUCCAGAAACCUUUCAGAGGCUCACUAUGCCAGACAUGAUGUCCUACUUGGCCAUGAUUAUCUACAUGGGAAUAAUCGAUACCCCGAACAUCACUGACUACUGGAGGAGGUCCGAGCUGUACACCUUCUCCUUCCCGUCGAGUGUGAUGUCAGGGCGCAGGUUCAAGGCCGUCUCGCGCGCCAUCCACCUCAGCGACCCCGCCGACGAUGCCGCCAACGACCUCAAGAGAGGCACCGCCGGCUACGACAGGCUUUGCAAAAUCAAGCCGAUGUACGACGAGGUCAGGCAGGCGUGCAUGGCGAAUUACCACCCCCACCAGUGCAUCGCCAUCGACGAGAGGAUGGUCGCAUCCAAAGCCCGCAAUGGAGUCCGCCAGUACAUGAAGAACAAGCCCGUGAAGUGGGGCUACAAGCUGUUUGUGCUGGCGGAUUCCGCCAACGGUUACACCUGGGACUUCUUUGUGUACGAAGGGAAAAUGUCGCGGAUUGUGAAGGGGCUCAGUUACGACACGGUAAUGCGGCUCGUAAACACGCAGGUGAUGGGUACCGGGUAUAAGUUAUUCGUGGAUAACUUUUACACCAGCCCGGAUCUCUUUCGAGACCUGCUGGCGAGGAAGAUCUGGGCCUGCGGUACCAUUCGCCAACAUCAGAUCGGGUUCCCCAAAAACAGGCCGGGCGGGCUUGAGAGGCAGGCUCCCCGGGGCUCCAUCCGCUGGAUCCGCGAGGGGCCCGUGGUGUUCGUUCAGUGGAAGGACACCAGAGAUGUCCUGAUAUGCUCCACGAUCCACGCGGCCCACGGAGAGGACACGACCCAGAGGAGGAUCAAGGGGGCAGAUGGGCAGUGGUCUGUGCAGGACGUCCCCAUCCCACCAGCCAUGAUGGACUACAACAAGAACAUGUGUGGCGCGGACCUGUCCGAUGCCCUGAUUGGCUACUACACCAUCCUACACAAGACCAAGAAGUGGUACCGGUCUUUCCUGUUCCACUUCAUAGACAUCGCCAUCGUCAACGCCUACAUCCUGUAUAAGGAGAUGGCCGUUGCAAGGAAGGAGAAGGUGAUGUCACAGAAGGCCUUUCGCGAGACCCUGGUGUCGGAGCUGAAAGCGGUUGGGUCUACCACCACUGCCCCUUCACAGCCACCCCCUCCUGCUCCCCCAGGCGCCUCACACAAACUGGUACAUUUUUGCCAGGACGGCACGGCAGGUCGGAGGAGGUGUGUCCACUGCCACCAGAAGACCACGGUGAAAUGCUCCUCCUGUAAUAAGAGUCUGUGUUUCACCGUAAACAGGGACUGUUACAACGCAUGGCACACCCUGAACAAUUUAUAAUUACUCAUUUCUAUGUAUUUACAGUGGGAAGAACAAGUAUUUGAUACACUGCUGAUUUUGCAGGUUUUCCCACUUACAAAGCAUGUA